GGUGCUUACUUUUCGUCUCCCUCAGCAUGUCUCAAACUGUAUUGCGACAGCCAUAUUCAGCUACUUUCUUGUACACUGGAAGUUCUUGCGCCAUUGUAGUUGCGCUUUAUUCUGCCCAUCACUUUAAUAUAUUGUUUGAAUGUACGAUCCUAUUUCUGAUGAUGGCGAUUAUUGGGUUCUCAACCAUCACCAUUGUCAGGAGAGUAGGCGUGGUACUUAGCACCCAUAUUAUUUUUAUUGAUAUGCCCGACCCAGACAAUUACGCUGCCGUUUUACUGCGAGCCCACCAAUCCCAAUCGAGCAAUCACUGUUUGGCAAUGGCAGGGCGAUGGAUACUGCGGCGAUUAGGAUUUCCACUUUCCCCACUCUACAUUGUCUGUGGUGGACGCCGCGUUAACCUUGGUCUAGCGCACAAAAACACAAACGGUAGAUUCUUUGACGAAUCUUCGCAGUCUUACGUGAACUGGGACUUUCGUCGGCACGUCGGUACACUCCCAGCUGAUGAAGCUGUGAUGAACGACAGAGGCACUACUGAAGACUCGGCCUUGGUGCUCAAGAAGAACAUGUAUGAUCUUGAAUGUAUCUUGCGCAGCGCAGGUUUUACAGAGUUUGUGUUGGUAACGGGGCAUAUUGCCAGCCAAAUUCCCUUGUCGUAUUCACACCAUGCAGACGAGUGGCGUUUCUAUGACAACUGUCACAACUGUUGGGUCACACCAUAUGAGUACGAUCACCUAUCCAACAAACGCUGCGACCAAUCCGACGUCUUUCAAAAUUUCGACCAACGGAGAAAACUUGCCCGCCAGUUUAUCAACCAACUCACUGGUAUAGCUGAUUUUGCAUUUAACUCCGUGGGGUCACACUGGUUGACGUUAGACCAGCUUUAUCCUGUACUUUGUAGAUAUUCAACUGUUCACAUGACUGUGGGUGGCCCUGCCACUGACGUGGCUUACUUGGUGGAGAAGUCAUCGACAUGGACACGAAAUGUGAACACAAUAAGCGCUAUGUGGGCUGUUUGUGACCUUGGUCAGAACACAGGGAAGAUGAACCUGUGUGGAAUGAACUUUAAUGAAGCUGCAGAUAGAAAAUCUGCGAAGUAUCUGUCCCCGGAUUUUCUUCCAAAUGCCAUGUUUUCUCUUCUACCCACUGAAACGUGCAAAUUAACACCGGGUUUCAAAGUGUCCGAGGAGAUGGCAGAGCGUAUCGAUAUUUUGCGUCCUCUAGCGGGUAAAAUAACUCUUUGGUCUCAUGCCAAAGGCGGCUGUAUCGUGCCGCUGUUCGACUACUUCAUCUGUGAGUCUCCGGAUAUUAUAGCAGCAUUACACAAGCUUGGUCUUGUCAAAGUAUUUGUCACCUUGGUUGCCAGGAAGUGCGCUGUUUUGUCACCAAGUGAGGCAGAAACCCAAUUCACAGCUUGGGUGAACACCAAUAUGUUCACGGAAUUUACUUGGGGACCCGACGAUGAUAAAUUUGAUGGCACGCACUGGUGCAGUGCAAAAUCUACUGGUUGAGAUAAGACAGACAUCUCACUGACAUUGCGUUUUUAAAAUUGUUUGAAAAGUGGUCUGAAGUGUCAGUUGUCUCUUCGCAAACCCCGCUAAUGGGCGGCGAGGCGAGAGUGGUCUGAAGUUCCAGCCGUCUCUUCGCAAUACCUCCCUCCCCCCAAUGGGCUGCUCGGCGAGAGUGGCCUGAAGUGUCAACCAUCUCUUCGC